AUGACCAUUGACAGACAGGUAGUUGCUCCUACACCUGAAGAUGUAACAGAGACUGAUGAAGCUGAAAAAGAACUAGAGGUAGUGAGACCAGAGUCGAAGAAGCCUGUGAGGCCACUAAGAGCCGUGAAAUGGAUUAUGGAUCUCAAAAGGACCUACGAGAUCUGUGAAUGUACUGAGGACCAGAAGGUUCUAUAUGCUGGAUACCUAUUCGAAGGAGAAGCUGGAAUAUGGUGGGAUAUGCGAAGGCAGCUUCUAGUCAGGGAACUAGGAAGUUUGGUUGCACUGUCAUGGGAGAGAUUUAAGGAAGUGUUUGACAACAGAUUCUUCCCAUAUUCUGUCAAACAGCAAAAGGCGCAGGAGUUCGCAACUUUAACUCAAGGCAGUUUGAUCGUAGAACAGUACGCCGUUAAUUUUAUGGCGUUAGGAAGCCAAGUAGCUUGCCUAAGAAUAGAGAAUUACCAAGAGUUAGUAAACGUGGCCGCGAUAGCAGAGAUAGAGCAGAAGGGUUCAACUGCCCUGAUCAUUUCAGAAAGAAAGAGGACUUCAUCACAUAAUGCUGAAGAAGGUUCAGAAAUGAAGAAAAUGUUUACUGUAUCAGAUAAAGGAAAAUGCAUUGAGACUGGGAGCUCAAUGCCGAUUACAUUUCCACCUUGUGGAGAGUGCGGUAAAUACCAUGGAGGCAAGUGUAGAAUCGCGUUGAGAACUUGUUUCAGGUGUGGCCAAGUGAGUCAUAUGAUUAAAGACUGUCCCAGUGUUGCUUUGAGGAAUGAAGAAAUAGGGUUUCUCUCAACAGCGGCUACAAACCAAAGCCGAGGCAACACGUGCCCAUGA